GAGUUGUGCGCAUGCGUACCGCACAUCGUAGUUGUUAGUGAAGGCUCAGUUAUUGAUUCCGGAAAUCGAGAUUAUUUUCCUGCGAAGCUUUUGCUCUACUGCAAUAAACGUGUUGGUCCUCAUGUUCCAGAAGGUUAAAGCAUCCACUUAAUUUUAUGCAGUACUCUUUCAAUGGCACAUAUCAGUAUCAACCAAUACUUGCAGCAGGUACUAGAAUCUAUUGAUGGCAGAGAUGGAUUAUUUUGUGCAGAAUUAGUGUCAUUUAAACAUCCUCAUGUUGCAAAUCCUAGACUGCAGCUUUCAUCUCCAGAAGAAAAAUGUCAACAAGUGCUGGAACCACCUUAUGAUGAGAUGUUUGCUGCUCAUUUAAGAUGUACUUACGCAGUUGCCAACCAUGACUUUGUGGAAGCAUACAAAUGCCAAACAGUGGUAGUACAAUCUUUCCUGAGAGCUUUUCAAGCACACAAAGAAGAAAACUGGGCUUUACAUAUUAUGUAUGCAGUGGCACUUGACCUUCGAAUUUUUGCCAACAGUGCUGAUCAACAACUAGCAAAGAAAGGCAAAGGCAAAGUUGGUGAUAUGUUGGAAAAAGCAGCUGAACUUCUUAUGAGCUGUUUCCGUGUAUGUGCAAGUGACACUCGAGCCAGCAUUGAGGAUUCAAAAAAGUGGGGCAUGUUGUUCCUGGUAAAUCAACUAUUUAAAAUAUAUUUUAAGAUCAAUAAACUUCACCUAUGUAAACCAUUGAUAAGAGCAAUUGAUAGCUCAAACCUUAAAGAUGAAUAUAGUAUGGCACAAAGAGUUACAUACAGGUACUAUGUUGGAAGGAAGGCCAUGUUUGAUAGUGAUUUUAAACAAGCUGAAGAGUAUCUGUCUUUUGCCUUUGAGCACUGUCACCGGUCUUGUCAGAAAAACAAAAGGAUGAUAUUGAUUUAUUUGCUGCCAGUGAAAAUGUUACUGGGCCAUAUGCCAAUGAUCCAGCUUUUAAAAAAGUAUGACCUCAUGCAGUUUGCAGAAGUUACACAAGCUGUGAGUGAAGGGAACCUUCUUUUAUUAAAUGAUGCUCUGGCAAAACAUGAGACGUUUUUCAUUCGCUGCGGUAUCUUCCUUAUUCUUGAGAAGCUGAAAAUCAUCACCUACAGAAACCUCUUCAAGAAAGUAUAUUUGUUACUUAAAACUCACCAGCUAUCUCUAGAUGCCUUUCUGGUUGCCCUGAAAUUCAUGAAAGUCACUGAUGUUGAUAUUGAUGAAGUCCAGUGCAUUUUGGCUAAUCUCAUUUACAUGGGUCAUAUUAAGGGCUAUAUAUCACAUCAGCAUCAGAAGCUUGUUGUCAGCAAGCAAAAUCCAUUCCCUCCACUUUCUACUGUCUGCUGAACUGAGGACUGUUGCUUCUGGAUGGGGAUUAGGAAGGGGGAGCCCUCUUUAAAAGCUUGAACAGUCUUGUAUUUAGGACAAAAGCGAUAGGAGAACUAAGAGGGGCACAUUGAAGAGAUUGCUACAGCACAGAAGAAAACAAACGGCUCCAUUACUUCCUUCCACUCAAAGGAAAUGAUUAUGAUCUCUGUAAUCUUCAGGACCAUCUUCUGGAAGGCAAUUUUCAGAAUAUGUACGGAAUGAACUAUGUAUUGUUCCAUCAAAAAAAAUGUGUGGAGUUUUCUUGAUAAAAAUCUCAAAUCGAAUAAACAGCACUAUAUUCUGUUGAUAACCUCUGGUGAACUCUUCAUAACAUGACCAUAAUUGAUGUUUCCAAUUUUAAUAUUGCUAUAAUAUUUUUUUUUUAAAAAACCAUGUAAUGACUUAAUGUGUUACCUUUCAAAGUUUAAUUAAAUGUAGCAAAUGAAAAAUAAUAGUUGGAUAUUUUACAUUUUUUAAUUGUAAAUUUAGGGUACUUUCAGUGAGACAGCCUGUUGUUAAUAUAACUUCAGAACCUAUAAGGCAAUUUAGAGCUUCUAUUAAGCAUCUCAUUAAGUAAUUAUCUGCAGGGCACAUACAAUCAAUCUAGUUUACAGUGGUAUGAAUUAUAAAAUUCUUGUUAUUAUUGUACUAGGUUUUCUCCUUUGCAUUUCUUCAUGUUUGUAUAUUAGAAACAAUGAUCUCAGAAAUUAUUCUCCUGA